UUCAUUUUCUCUAUUUAUGAAAUAGAAAAGAAGGAGAGAUAGAGAGAAAUAUGAAGGAAAAAACACCAAUCAUGAAAAUACUCUCAAACCUUCAUAUUUGGUUAGUUUUAGGUUCUUUUCAUGUAAUCCAUUCACAAAUAAUUCAAGACUCAUGCACAAGUUCAAAUGAUCUUGGGAUUCUUAAUUCUCAAAUCCUUUUUGAUACAACAUCUCUGAUUUGCUCCAAUGUUUGGUCCUCUGAAGGCUUCACUCUAAGAGCCUCACAAGCUGGGCCAAAUCUAUGGAGCUUCGUUUUAUCAGCACCCAACUCCAACUCUUAUGUAGCUAUCGGUUUUUCGCCCAAUGGUGGUAUGGUUGGGUCUAGCGCUAUCGUUGGUUGGGUGGCUAGUGACGGUUCUGCCACCAUGAAAAGAUAUUUCCUUGGUGGAAAAACACCUAGUCAAGUGUUGGUAGAUCAAGGAAAUUUGCAAGUAUUGCAAAACACAUCUUCUACUAUAUCUUUUUCGUCGCGGUUGUAUUUAGCAUUUCAGUUAAUCACUUAUCAACCAAGUCAACAGUUAGUUUUGGCGGUUGGUAGCGGCAAUAACCAGCCUCCUACACCACCAAGUUUUCGUCUCAUGGCUCAUCGCAACCAGAUCACUGUUUUCAUCAAUUAUGCCUCAGGUCAAGGUGACGAAAUGAGUUCUCCGUAUUCGGAUUUAAAGAGAACCCACGGGAUAUUGAAUGCGGUAGGAUGGGGUGUCUUAAUCCCAAUAGGUGCGAUAAUUGCUCGUUACUUCAAGCAUGUAAAGCCGUUUUGGUUUUACGCACAUUCAAGCAUCCAAUUAUCAGGGUUUAUCAUCGGAUUGUCGGGCAUCAUCUCUGGACUUAUUUUGGAAAAUCGUAUCGAAGUCAAUGUUGCCAAGCACAAAGCCCUUGGCUUAAUCGUUAUUACCCUUGGUUGUUUGCAGAUUAUUGCCGUUUUACUUCGGCCAAGUAAGGAUUCAAAGAAAAGGAAAUAUUGGAAUUGGUAUCAUCAUAAUGUAGGACGACUCUUGAUAGUAUUGGCAGCAUUUAACGUUUUCUAUGGCAUCUACUUGGGGGGUGUGGGAAGUGAAUGGAACGUUACUUAUGGUGUAUUUCUUGGCAUAAUUGUUACUAUUGCUCUAAGUUUAGAGUUAAGGUUGUUAACACGAGAAGAUUAGAGCAUCUCUAUCUGUAAAUUUACAUACCGCAUAUUGUAAAAUUAGUCAUCAUAUUCAUACAAUGUACGAAUUCAUUAUAUAUAUUGUACGAUUUUAUUUUAUUUUA